GUUGUCAUUUCGCGGGACGAAGAGUUGCAGUGUUCCAACAAGUUUUUGGUCUGAUAGUAAAAAAUUUUCUAAAUUAAGAACAUCAGGAUGAGUUUAUGGGUUGACAAAUACAGGCCCACAUCUCUGGGCAAGCUAGACUAUCAUAAAGAGCAGGCAAAUCAGCUGAAAAAUCUGGUACAAUGCGGAGAUUUUCCACAUCUCCUGGUUUACGGUCCCUCCGGGGCUGGGAAGAAGACGCGCGUCAUGUGUUUGCUGAGAGAACUGUACGGCCCUGGGGUGGAGAAGCUACGAAUUGAGCACCAAUCUAUUACGGCCCCGUCAAAAAAGAAGAUUGAAAUCAACACGAUAGCAAGCAACUACCACCUGGAAGUCAAUGCAAGUGAUGCGGGUAACAGUGACCGGGUGGUCAUACAGGAGCUGAUCAAAACUGUGGCUCAGUCUCAGCAGAUCCAGUCCAGCACACAGAGGGAGUUCAAAGUGGUCCUGCUGACAGAGGUGGACAGACUCACCAAGGACGCCCAGCAUGCCUUGCGGCGUACGAUGGAGAAAUACAUGUCCACCUGCAGACUGAUCCUGUGCUGCAACUCCACCUCCAAAGUCAUCGCCCCCAUCAGGAGCAGGUGCCUGGCCGUGCGGGUACCGCUGCCCAGCGUGGAGGAGGUGUGCAGUGUCCUGACCAGCGUGUGCAGGAAGGAGGGCCUGCUGCUACCCGGGGAGCUGGCCAAGCAGAUCGCCGAGAAGUCGGGUCGCAACCUGCGUAAGGCGCUGCUGAUGUGUGAGGCCUGCCGGGUGCAGCAGUACCCCUUCUCCUCAGACCAGGACAUCCCCGAGACAGACUGGGAGGUGUACCUGAGAGAGACAGCCAACGCCAUUGUGAGCCAGCAGAGUCCGCAGAGAUUGCUGGAGGUGCGAGCCCGACUGUAUGAGCUGCUCACUCACUGCAUUCCUCCCGAAAUAAUCAUCAAGGGCCUGGUCUCCGAGCUCCUCAGCAACUGUGACGGCCACCUGAAGGCUGAAGUGGCCCAGUUGGCGGCCUACUAUGAGCACAGGCUGCAACUGGGCAACAAGGCCAUCUAUCACCUGGAAGCCUUUGUGGCCAAGUUCAUGGCCAUCUACAAGAAGUUCAUGGAGGAUGGGCUGGAUGGCAUGAUGUUCUAAUCU